CUUCUCUCUCCGUAAGGAAAUUAAAUAAGGGCGUUCCUCUCACAUUUUUUUCUCUCCUCCAGCCUACAAUGUCCUCGCCCUCGCUGUCGCCGUCGCUAUAUCCUCCCGAGACCAUUGCUCCUUCUCCUUCCUUUGUUUCUCCCCCCGCUCCACCUGCAUUUUCAACUCCCUAUAUCUCUCCUUCUGUACCACCUUCAAGUGAUUCUCCUUCCUUUAUUUCUCCCCCCGCUCCACCUCCACUACCUGCACCUUCAACUCCCUCUAUCUCUCCUUCUUUACCGCCUUCAAGUGAUUCUUCUUCAUCUUUCGGUUCCAAUUCCGAUUCGAGUUCGAGUUCGGUAUCGGGUACGGAUACAGGAAGCAAUGGAGUAUCGACGGGGACGGUAGUGGGAAUAACAAUAGCAGGAGUAGCGGUGUUGGUGAUAUUCAGUAUAUUUUGUGUACGUACUUAUAUAACGAGGAAGAAAAGAAGAAAUGAUCAGUAUGGUGACAAAACUUACAAUGUUCCUCCUCCUCCACCUCCUCACUCUCUUGAUAAUCCUAAAGAUGGGCUUGAUGAUGUUGAAGCACAGAAGUGGCAGCAGAAUUAUCCGCCACCAUCUGAGCAUUAUCAGGUGCCGAAACCCCCUCCUCCGACAACAGCCCCAACACGACCACCUAGAUUUCCUUCACCCCAAUCCCAACCCCCGCCACCGUUUCCUGCACAGUUAAUGAGCAGUGGUGGGGGUUCUGGGUCAAGCUUUGGUUCUGAAAACCCGAGUCCACAACCUUCACCGGGACUGUCACUUGGGUUUGUGAAGAGCCCGUUUUCCUAUGACGAGUUGGCAAUGGCAACGGAUGGGUUCUCGGUAGAUAACCUCUUGGGUCAAGGUGGUUUUGGGUAUGUUCACAAAGGUGUCCUUUCAAAUGGUAAAGAAGUUGCUGUUAAGUCCCUUAAAGCUGAUAGUGGACAGGGAGAGCGCGAGUUCCAGGCAGAAGUUGAAAUUAUCAGCCGUGUUCAUCACAAACAUCUUGUCUCAUUGGUUGGAUAUUGCAUCACUGGGUCACAUAGGUUGCUGGUUUACGAGUUUGUUCCAAAUGGUACCAUGGAGUAUCAUCUUCAUGCUAAAGAACAGCCUACAAUGGAUUGGCCUAUACGACUCAGGAUCGCUCUUGGAACUGCAAAAGGAUUGGCAUAUUUGCACGAGGAUUGUCAUCCAAAGAUCAUUCAUCGAGAUAUUAAAUCUGCCAAUAUUCUUCUGGAUUACAAGUUUGAGGCAAAGGUUGCAGAUUUUGGACUGGCAAAGUUUUCCUCGGAAGUUCAUACUCAUAUAUCCACUCGUGUAAUGGGGACCUUUGGAUACCUGGCCCCUGAGUAUGCUUCAACUGGGAAGCUUACAGAUAAAUCUGAUGUUUUUUCCUUUGGAGUCAUGCUUCUGGAAUUGAUCACUGGGCGACGGCCAGUUGAUGCAAUACAGGCUCACUUGGAUGACAGUCUAGUUGACUGGGCAAGACCUUUGCUGAUAAGAGCUCAGGAAGAGAACAACUUUGAUACUCUCGUAGAUCGGCAUCUGCAAAACAAUUUCAACCGCAGUGAAAUGGCCCGCUUGGUCGCUUGUGCUGCUGCUUGUGUCCGUCACUCAGCACGCAGCCGCCCUAGAAUGAGCCAGGUUUAUAGAGCCUUGGAAGGAGAAGUGUCGCUUUCUUACCUAAAUGAAGGAAUAGGACCAGGACAGAGUCCAAACUACAGCUCAUAUGAAAGCUCAGAUUAUGAUACCUCCCAUUUCAAGGACGACACGAAGAAAUUCAGACAGACGGUCCUUGCGAGCACAGAGUACGGUAGCAGCGAGUAUGGUGGAACGACCAGCGAGUACGGUCUGAACCUUUCUAGUUCGAGUACUGAAGCCCAAAGUCGCCAAACGACUCGAGAGAUGAAAGGAGAUAGUAGAGGUUUCAGUGGAACUUCUUGAUUAUCAGUGGACGCUUAGACAUUUCUUCAUGUAAAGAAGUCCCUGAAUCCAGAUUGUGGAAAGGAAAAUUAAGUGUUUCAUAGAAGUAUUAGAUUGUGAGUGUGACAGUAUUCUCACACAAUUCUUUUUGUUACUUUUGGGGCAUAUUCUCUUUACUUACAGUGGAAUGAUUGUUUUCUACUCCAAUGUAUUUACUAUUCAUAUGUAACAUACUGCAAACUGUGUAGUUCUUUUGUAUAACAAUAUUUGAUUUUGCUGAGGUUUA